AUGCCGACUAUCUUUGUCCUAGGAAUUACGGGUUAUAUUGGAGGAUCCGUGGCAAAUGGUUUGCGAGGCGUCUUUCCAGACCACGAGUUUGUAGCCCUAGUGCGAUCUCAGAAGAACAACUUUGCUGUCGAAGCACUCGGUGUCAAGGUUCUCCAGGGCUCCCACUCAGACCACAAACUCAUUACAGAUCAAGCGGCUAAAUCAGAUAUUAUCGUCAAUUGUGCAGAUGCAGAUGAUCUGGAAUUGACCAAGGCGAUUCUUUCUGGAGCCAAGUCCACGACCAUUGGAAAGACCCCAAUCCUCAUUCAUACAAGUGGCACCGGUCUCGUUACUGGAGAAGCCAACGGCUCUUUUGACCCAAACGCAAAGACGUACAAUGAUGACGAUCCCGCGGACAUCCGGGGCAUUUCCCCAGAUGCUCCCCAUCGUAAUGUCGAUCUUGAAAUCUUCGCUGCAGAUGACGCUGGCUACGUGUCUGCGUACAUCAUUGCCCCCUCGACGAUUUAUGGAACUGGUGAUAGUCCUGUAAACCGCCUUUCUCAGCAGGUACCAGGCUUGAUCCAGGCUGCUUUGGAGAAUAAGCAGGCCGUUUACGUUGGCGAAGGUACUAACGUGUGGAACAAUGUUCAUAUUGCGGAUCUAGUCGACUUGUACAUCAUUGUGACCAAGCUCGCGACCUCGGAGUUGGGUCCCGCUGCGAAAGUCGACUCGUACCACAAGUUUUUCUGGGGCUCGGCUGGAAAACAUGUCUGGGGAGAUGUCGCCCGCGAGAUUGGAAAGGCUCUCAAGGCCAAAGGUCUUGUAGAGACGGCAGAGGCCAAGAGUGUGCCUCCUUCUCCAGCUUUGAUGUUCAUGGCGAACAACUCGCUUACGGUCGCUAAUCGUUCAUUCAAGAAUGGGUGGAGUCCCAAAGGUCCCAGUCUCGUCGAAACUAUUCCUGAGACGAUAGACUUGGUGGUUGCUAAUCAAAACAAGUAA